UUUGUAAACAGCAUGGCCGAAUCAUCAGCUGCAGAUACUGUCCACCAUAUCAUGUCCGUUGACAAAUCACAGAAGCAAAAAACUCCUCAAGAAUGGAAGAAGUGGAAAGAGGAAAAGAAGGCGAGGAAGAGGAAAUGGAAGGAACAGAAGUUGUUGAAUCUGAUGGAGAAGGAGAAGAACAAAGAGCGGAAGAAAGAGGAAGCAGAAGAAGUGCGUCUUAAGCAGGAAGCAGAGGAACAGAAAAUAUAUGAUCGCCUAGGAAGAAAGUACACAGUGUCGAUUGCUCUGCCCGGGUCAAUCAUGGACAAUGCCCAGUCUCCAGAACUCAGAACCUACCUGGCUGGACAGAUUGCACGUGCUGCUGUUGUCUUUAAAGUGGAUGAAAUCAUCAUUUUUGACGAGACUGGAUCCACAGCGACGACAACCGAGGGCCAGUUUGGGGGGAUAGGGAAGAAAGGCCAGGCCAAUGUCCAGAUGGCCCGGAUACUGCAGUACCUGGAGUGUCCACAGUACCUGCGCAAGUCCUUCUUCCCCCAGCACAAGGACCUGCAGUAUGCUGGCCUGCUGAAUCCCCUGGACUGCUAUCACCAUUUGCGAAUCGAUGACGUCAGCACAUACCGGGAGGGCGUGGUCCUCAACAAACCUAUCAGAGAAGGGAGGGGCUCUUUUGCCAACGUGGGGCUCUUCAAGGAGGUGCAGAUUGAUAGGCAGCUGAAACCUGGUGUCCGAGUCACAGUCAAGCUUGCACCACAAGACGAAGACAGGAAACACAUUAAGGGUACAGUGGUAUCCCCCAGUAGUCCGCGGACCGAGGCCGGUCUGUACUGGGGCUACAGUGUCCGACUGGCCAGCAGUCUUGGAGCAGUCUUCACCGAGUGCCCCUACAAACAGGGCUACGAUGUCACCAUCGGGACGUCAGAGAGAGGAGCCGACAUCGACAAUUUCACUAUUGACAAGUUUGCCCAUGCCCUGGUGGUGUUUGGAGGAGUACAUGGACUAGAGGCCAGUCUCGACGCCGACGAAGGGCUGAACGUGGACGACCCAAGCUUCCUCUUCCAACACUACCUCAACACAUGCCCUGACCAAGGGAGCCGCACCAUCCGGACAGAGGAAGCGGUCCUCAUCACAAUGUCCAGUCUUCGUCCCAAGUUCGUGGAGGCAGAUAAUAGAAUGAAAGCUUCAUGACAGUGUUGAAGCUAUUCUUUCACUAUCAUUGUUUCGUCAUUCACAACACCAUCCUCAAUUAUCCAGUGUUUUCAUUUUUCAUCCUAUAAUGAUAAUGCCCAUCUUCCUGAGGCAAAGGCGUUAACUGCCUAUGAACGUCCAGUUUCCACCCAUGCCGAACUAGACAGGAAUUACCAGACUCUAUCUUAGCGCCACCAAUGGCAAUUACAAGUUAUGUCCCUUCUAUGGUCCUCAUACUGACCAAUCAGAUUCCACCUCUCAUAUCACUUGCAUUGGCUUCAAACAAAAUGGCAACGCCCAGUCAAGACGAUCUGAUCGAUAAUCAAGAUCUAUUUUGUAAUAAAAAGGGUCUUACCUCGCCAAGUGCAUCACAUCAUUUGAGGACCUUGAUUAAAAACAUGAAAAGAUAUGCAAAAUAUAUUUUUGUGCCGAGUUGGCGGUACACAUGCUUUACAAAUCCUGCAGUCAACCAAAAUCUGCAUGUUGAAACCAUGUUGUUUGCUAACCGGAUGUCGAUUUCGUCACACGAUUUUUCAUUGAACUACAUGUAUGCAUACACUCGUAAGUCCAGCCAAAAUGUAACACAGGAAUUCCAGCCGAGUUUGGCAAGGGUGGACUUUUAUUGUCAGUUAACUCCCUUGCCUCAGGAAGAUGAUAAUGCCUGGACGUAUUUGCUACCAUAUCUUUAUCUUGAAACAUAGACGAAAGACGCCACUGGAAACAGUGACCAGUCAGAUUACACUCAUGAGCGAGAGAAAUCCUGUUCUAUGUUGAUGAUGAUGGGGAUGGUGACAAUAUGGUUGCAAAUGGGUCUUGGUAUCAUAAUGAUGAUAUGGAGGAAUAAUGGAUGAGGAUGCUGCAACGUUAUCAUCGCCAACUUCUACAUUGAAGGGAAAGAGGUUUUUUUAACAUAUACCAACUGUUUGUGUCAACGUUGUACAAUAACAAUGUAACAAUUGUUAAUACAUUAUAAAAUUUCAACCGACCUUGGGGGGUAUAUGGUGUGAUGUCCCCUGUGUGUGGCCUAUGUACCACUAUGUAGCUCACACACAGGGUGCAUCACACCAUAUACCCCGAGGGAUCAGUUGACGAUGAAUUUAUCUCGCCGUCAUUCAUUCACACAGACCGAAGUAUAUGUCCAAAGUUUCACUGAGUAAUAUGCUUUGAUUCAGCCAUUUUGACAGCCAGCAGAUGACGCAAAUGAACUGAGUUACUUCACGCAAUGCAUUCAGAUAAACAUUGGUUCAUUUCGGCUCAAUGAUACUUAUGCGAGAUAAGCAAGCUACCUAUGGUGUGUUGCGAUUGAUUUCUCAGCAGGAUUUAUGAGCUGGUUACAUGAGCGGGCUACAUGGAAACUAAUUGCCCUCUCCUUAACCAAUCUGAAAUUCGUAUUUUAAUGUAAGGUGAGAUAAUUAUUGUUUAACAUGUUUGCUAGUAGAGUGCACGUGUUCGUUUGGAGAGCGGAAGGUCAGGGGUUCAAUCCCCGGUCGCGUCAUACCAAAAGACAAGGACUGCUUGGCUCGGAGUCAGUAUACUGUGUCUGAGUGGAGUAUUCAUGUUAAACUGUGCCAUGGUAUCUCAGUGGGCUAGCACCAAAAAAUCGGCAUUAGUCAGGACUAGUACAGACAAACAGACAGACGCACUCAUGCACACGUCCCUAUAUAACCACAAUAAUCUUGGACAUGACAUAAAACAACAUCUACCUUACCUGUUUAACAUGUUUUAGAUAUUCAUGAAAUAAGUAACCUGUUAUACCUCAAAUUUAUGUCAAAAGAUUUUUCAAACAUGAGAGUGUCUAAUUUCUCUGAGAUUGCAACCAACCAUUCAUAAGGGUUUGAUAAACUGUAAAGUUGUACAUAUCUGCCAAAACAUUCAGAACAUUAUAAAGUUCUAAUAUAGAUGACAUGUUUUCUGAAUCUUCCGAUAUACAACUCAUUUGUCAGUAAACUGAUAAACUGAUAAACUGAUUGGUGAAAUUAAUUCCAGUAGUGAUGAUCAGUUAGUAUUGGAGCAAUUGUUAUAUGUAUCUAAUACAUACUGAUGCAAUCUCAUUAAAAUCAGAUUUUAGUUCUCGCUACGGCUAAACUAAAGAUCUGAGGACAUCCCAUGACGGGUCACGUCAGACCAACCUUGCACGAACUUUGACCGACCAAUGGAAUGACCAAU